AAAAAAAUCAGAAUGAACACACAGUGGGCAAUUGUGAAUAUUUUCAUAGUCUCCUAUCUGCAUCUCCUUCAGGGAUCUAAUUAUCAGCAUGGACCUAUGAAGCAGGCUGCAAUAUUAGAGCGGACAGAACAGCAAAUCCGAGCUGCAUCUAGCUUGGAGGAACUCCUCAAAAUCACGCAUUCUGAAGACUGGAAGCUGUGGAAAUGUCGACUGAAGAUCAAAAGCUUAGCUAAUAUGGAUUCCCGCUCAGCAUCACAUCGUUCCACUAGAUUCGCGGCAGCAUUUUAUGACAUUGAAACACUUAAAGUCAUAGAUGAAGAAUGGCAGAGAACUCAAUGUACUCCAAGAGAGACCUGUGUGGAAGUGGCCAAAGAGCUGGGGAAAAGCACAAACACUUUCUUUAAGCCCCCCUGUGUGAAUGUAUUCCGGUGUGGAGGUUGCUGCAAUGAAGAGAGUCUCCUUUGUAUAAACACAAGUACAUCGUAUGUUUCAAAACAGCUUUUUGAGAUAACAGUGCCUUUAACAACAGUACCCGAAUUAGUGCCAGUCAAGGUUGCUAACCAUACUGGAUGUAAGUGCUUAUCAACCACUGAACACCAUCCAUAUUCCAUCAUAAGAAGAUCCAUCCAAAUCCCUGAGAAGGUUCGUUGUCCCAACACCAAGAAAGUCUGUCUGGGAGAAUUGACAUGGGAUAGCAAUAAAUGUAAGUGUGUCAAACAGGAAGAGAGUCCUCUCAAUGGAAUGAAAGAGCACUCCCAUCUUCAGGAACUGGCUAUUUGUGGGCCUCAUAGAAAGUUUGAUGAGGACCACUGUGAAUGUGUCUGUAAAAUGCCUUGUCCUGAUGAUCUCAUUCAGAACCCAGAGAACUGCAGUUGCUUUGAAUGCCGAGAAAGUUUAGAGAGUUGUUGUCAAAAGCAAAAAAUAUUCCAUCCAGACACCUGCAGCUGUGAAGACAGAUGCCCUUUUCACACUAGGACAUGUGCAAAUGGAAAACCAAUGUGCACAAAGAACUGUCGCUUUUUUUUGAGGGACAAAAAAGGCCCCCAUGGGCUCCUUGGCAAAGAAAAUCCUUGAUACAAUGUUUAUCCUUCUCCAAACUCCUACCUUUUGGGUUUUUUUUGUAAACAGCAUGCUGCUUUCAAGUUGCUGUCACUUUCCAAGCAUUAGUAAAAAUGUGUCAACAUCUCCUUUACUUAGCAAGAGUGAAACAAGCCCACAUUUAUUUAUACCAUUAAAUAAGCUGCCAGGAAUGGUUUCAUUGGGACAUUAAUACUUGUCCACUGCCACAGGAUGCUUAUGAGGCGAAGGACUGGAGAAGGAGCCUACUUGGAGCUUUUCUAAUUAGAAACAAAAUGGAUAAUUUGCAAUGAAGUGUUGGUUACUAUGCAACUGUUAAGGAAAAUGGACUAAACCUUUGCUAACUGCAACUCUUGUGAAGUAUUACAAUUUUUAGAAUUUGAUUUGAAAUAUGUUUAACACUGACUUUUUGAUCUAUUGUCUAGCUUUUGAUUAUUAAUUAGUAAAACUACUACUGCCUUAAAUAUUUAAAUAUAUUUAAAUAAUUAAAAUUAUCAGUUAUUCAAUCCA